ACAAGGUGCAGCUGCAACUAUGCUGGUAAAAAAGUUAGUAGCGUUUUGGCUCUUGUAGUAAAAGAAGAAGUGUUUAUAGAGCAACAAAAAAAAACGUGACUCGAACGUUCAAAGUUUUCAAGUCGUAUGUAUUCUUCGAUUGUUUUUUAUGCAUAUAUCCUGUUACAUCUUUGAAGGAUCAAAAGCAUCGUUAUUUUAUUAAAAUUCCUGGUGUACCAAUGAUUUGUAUCGUAUUGACUAUUGAAUCUUUAUGUAUAAAGAUACUUGAUUUUUAAAAAUCAAAUUUCUUGUAAUAUACUUUAGCGUUACUUUUGUUAGGUCACAAAAUGGCAUUAUAAUUUAAGAUAUGCUGUUAUCAAAAUAUAUUAAUUAAAGCAUAUGAAGAGAUUGCAGCUGACCCACUUGUUUUAUCUUUGUUAAUAAUAUGGUGAUGGCAGGAAACGAAAAUGCGCCAGGUGCCUUGGCAGAUGACGCAUUAUCCGCAAGACUACAAUGGUUACGCCAACGCCGAGAGGCUUUGCAAGAGAAACUUGCACAAAAAAAUAGUGAAUUGAAAAACUUGUGUGUGGAGGAGGCAGAGAUAACGGGAGUUUUACCUCCAGAAAUACCUUUGGAGCCUGGGGAAAGUCCUCCAACUUUUCGGAGGAAAGACAUUACAUUUAUAUACCCACAAAAAUCAGUUAAUGUAUUGAAAACAGCCGAUACUGAAGAGUCAGAAUUGGAAUUGGAGAAGCAGGUACAACUCGAAAUUAUGGAAACUGCAUUGAAUAUUGUGAAUGACUCUACAGAGAGCAAGGCUACACGUCGCAAGCACAGAUUUGCUUAUCAGCAAAGUCAGCGACGACUGCAAGAAUUAGAAACAGAGUUGAACUUUAUAAGACAGAGUCGUGGAAAAACCCAUCGAUCGGCGCAAUUACCGAUCCACACAGGAAAUUAUAAUACGCAAUCACAUUCGCACGUUAAUGUAAAACACAGGACGAAAAAGCCACGACCACCGUUAGAUAGUACAGGAAACGAAAUAAGUACUCCAAAAUUUGCUGGAAGAGGUAUACUCCAUGAACCUGGUAUCAGUCUAAGUCCGUUAGGACCUGAAGACAAAUGUAUUCCUGAUAAACCAAAUACAUAUUCCGGACAUAGCUACGAGGAGCAAUCGAAUAUAUCGAACAUCUGCAAUCAUCAUUAUCAUAGUGGUACUUAUCCCGGUGCGAGCCCUGUCGAUCAUUCAAACAUUAAGAUGGUCGAGCAUGAUCACAAUGAGAAUCACAACAUUUACAUCUUGUCGGAUCAAUAUCGCGUUCGUACGUAUUCCCACGGAAGCGGAGGAUCUCGCGGACAUUAUCCAGAUACCGAAAGAACUUAUCGACCUUACAUGCCGAAUACCUACACUGAGGAUGAGCGUCAAAUGCGUUAUCGACAACUCCAGCAUCUGCAACAGAAACAAUUACAGGAGAGUCACAGAUCGCAAUACACAGGUUCCAUCGAGUAUAAGCAUCUGGAUAACGCAGAUAUCGUACGAAGAACGAGUCAGGGAACUUACGAGAAAGAUUUUCGUGCAUCACAUUAUACGCCUAUCACCGAUUACCAAGUUCAUUACAAAAAUAGCGCGCACGCUCAGCCUUUACUGAGGCGAGACCGCGAUUCGUCUUCGUCCAGCGGUAAAAAUAUCCCGCGGCACACUGCAAUUAGCAAUGCGUCAAUCGAGACGCAACUACUAUCUGGCUAUUGGGUGCGUCACAAUGAUGACAUUCACUGGGUAAGCGUCGACGAACCCGAUAGAUUUGGCAGUUUAGACCGCAGACGGCGGAAUGCUUACUACAAUAGUAGUGGUGCGAAUUCGGACGUGCAAUCGCGUUAUCGCACAGUCGCCGUGACAGGCGUCAAAGGAACCGCUAGCAGUAACAUCGUCACAUCAUCCCAACAGCAUCAUUCUGUUCAUCUGUUGCCGUUGGCCGAACAACAAAUGCCGUUAGCGAACAGCAAUCAUAACAAGAUGCUGCUACGUACGCAAUCUUUGGGAAGUGUGGAGACGUGGCAGUCGAAUUAUUUUCAUGAUUCACACGACGGUAAAGAUGCGCCAGCCGCAGAAUAUCCCAAUAAUAAUAAUAAUAAUAAUAAUAAUCGUAAGAAUCGUCAGAAGGAAUGGUACGAAACAUCCGUAGAUUCAGGAGCGAGUGCGGGUUUAGAUCGUAAUUUGAUUGUUGCUCAUAAGAAUACGGUCGCUUAUCAAUCAAGUCCUCCGCCAGUUCGUAUCAAGACAGGCAAUGAAAACGGAAAGGACAAUCAAAGUGGUGCGGCAUUGCCUAAUAUGAGUCCGGUGAAUCGCCACAAUAGGGAUAAGUCCGAGGAGUGUCGGCAACUCACAAAACAACCACACGCUCGUUACGAUCAGUCUGUGACGAGACCGAAGAUGCUGGAGAUACCGGCCGAAUCGAAACCAUCUUUAGAUGUUUGCGAUGAUGCGAUACGACCACCACUAGGUUCACCGCAGAAUUGCACAGUUGUGCAACCAGGGAAAUAUCAGCCGUAUAGAGAAGUGACGAAGCCUUUUGAAAUGUCGGACUUUUACAAGUAUUCGACGAAAUUCCGCAAAAGGAACGAAGCCGCUACGCAAUCUCAAACUAGAAACGAUUCUCCUCUACAGGAGAACCGUCCUACGGAAAUUAGCUCUAGCGAUUUGUCUAGGAAUCCCAAUACUUAUAAUUUCGCACAAAACAUUGAUAAUGUUACCGCCAGUCCAGUACAAAGAAGACUCUAUCAGCCUGUGCAGCGCAUGACUUGUCAACCUUAUCUCUCAUCGUUGAGAUAAUUACAUAUCUCACAGGACAUAUACUUCAUUCAUGCCUGUCACUAUUUUUAUUACACAUACAUACACUCACACGCUUACAAAAUUUAAUCGAAGAAAAACUGGUCCUAAAUAUUUCUUUUUUAGACAACGCACUAAUAUAAGAUAUACAUACAUAUAACAAAAAUUUAUAAUAAUUUGUCGACACUGC